AUGAAUGAUAACCAAGAUGAUCAAAGUUUUGCUGACUUUGUAAAAGAUAUCGAAAAUUAUAAAAAUGUUGCAAUAGAGAAUAGCACAUCAGAAGAAACGUAUAUUUCUAUCAUUGCACAACUUGAACAAGGAAUAGACGUUUUAGAAAACCUCAAAGCUCUUCAUGAACAUAUCAAACAUCACAAACCAUCGAAUUUCAUUAUACAAAACUAUAAUUUGAUAGAUAAUUUAAUAAAUAUUGCUUCAGAAUCAGAUGAUAUUUAUCAAGUCGUUUGCAUGAUAUUAACAUUUCUCACUUCAUUAGAUUAUGAGAAUAUAGAUACAAAUACACUGAUAGAUUUCAUUUUUUAUCAUCUUGAACCAAAUAGUCCUUAUAUUAACUAUUCUCUUUAUUGUUUUUACAAUCUAGAGAUGUCACCAUAUACAUCAGAACCUAUUCACCAAAAUGUCGACUUCAGUAGAUUUUUUUCUUUAACAAGUUUAGAUGAAAAUACAGAUGAAACGACAAUUUCAUUAAUUUUACAAAUUCUGCAAGGACAUAUCAACCAAGAUUCAGACGUUUCGUUUGUUCAGGCUGUUCUUGAACUUGCAGUUCAAUAUUUGUACACAAAUCGAAGUUAUUUACAAGAAACCGCAUUGCCACUGAUACAUUUAAUAAUUUACUUAUUCCCAGAUACAAUGACAACGAUUUAUGAUCAAAAACUUCGUGAAACUCUUUUAUUGAAUUUAUAUGACCUAAAUCCAGUUAUUCUGCGAACAUCUGUUGAUAUUUUAGCUCAUUUAUACAAGAUAGGUUUCAGAUUCGAAGCCACUAAAGAAGAAGUUGGGAAUUUCCUCUCAUUAUUUUAUCAUUCCAACAUUGGAAUAGUUAAUUCAGUCAUGAGCUUCACCCUUAAGAUGCUUGUAGAUAGUGAUUUCAUCAUGGACAUGCUUUUUGUUUAUAAAUGUUUUGAUGAGUUUCAAGAGAUUAUCGAACACGGAAGUUUUGACCAUCGCAUGUAUAUCACUAUGUUUAUGGCCGAGAUAUUGAUUAAUACAGGCGAUAAGUACUUCAGAAGGCUCAUCAAAGAGAAAAGAUUUAUUUUUGUUUUUUCAAUGCUUAGCUUUGAGAAUCCCGCAGUAACUAAUUACAUAAUCCCUGUUUUAGACCGUGUUUUCAACGAAUUUUCCUUGUCUGGAAAAUUAGAUGAAAUUAUGGAAAUUUUUUAUGAAAACGACGGUCAAGAGUUUGUUGAAGAGUAUUUUGAAACAUUUUCUAAUGAUGAAGCCAAAAUUGAAGAAAUGAACUCAUUUUUAUUGCGUUAUUCAAUCAAUAUAAGCGAAUAA